GCGAAGGGAUGUCAUGGCGGCCGGCGUCGAGUUGGCAGGAGUUGCUCACAGAGCUGGGGCAAGUCACUGAAGCAGAGGAAGAAGUGGCCCAGCUGGACGGUGGGAAGUCGCGGGAAUGAGCCGAGGCCCCGCGGGGGUGACCGUGUGACAGGAGGCGGGCCCCCGGGAAAGCCCCAGGCCGGGCCUCCGCGUUUCCAUGCGGAACGGGACGUAGGUGGGAGCCCCCGAAGCCCGCGUUGCCUAGGAACCCCGCCCCGCGUCACCGACUCCUGAGGGUUUAGAUUUUGGAGCGAAGGCAGCCGCUCGAGGACAUUUCGCGGGGUCGUCCGACGGCGCCGGACGCGUCUUCCCCGGAGCGGAUCAGGUCGUUCUCUAACCCGCGGCGAUGUCGUCCUGGCUUGGGGGCCUCGGCUCCGGUUUGGGCCAGUCGCUGGGUCAGGUCGGGGGCAGCCUGGCCUCCCUCACUGGCCAGAUUUCAAACUUUACGAAGGAUAUGCUGAUGGAGGGCGCGGAGGAAGUGGAAGCAGAAAUACCUAAUUCUAGGAGAAAGGAAAUUGAAGCCAUUCAUGCAAUCUUAAGAUCAGAGAAUGAAAGACUAAAGAAACUUUGUUCUGAUCUAGAAGAAAAGCAUGAAGCUUCUGAGCUUCAAAUAAAGCACCAAUCUACCAGUUAUCGAAAUGAACUACAACAGAAAGAGGUGGAAAUCAGCCAUCUUAAAGCAAGACAGAUUGCACUACAGGAUCAAUUGCUAAAGCUGCAGUCCGCUGCUCAGUCUGUAAAUUCAGGAGCUGGCAGUGUGCCCACAACCACUGCAUCAUCAUCAUUCAAUUAUGGUACCAGCCAUCAUGCUGCAGCUUUCCACGAUGAUGACAUGGACUUCGGUGAUGUAAUUUCAUCUCAACAAGAAAUAAACAGAUUGUCAAAUGAAAUUUCAAGGCUUGAAUCUGAAGUUGCACAUUGGAGGCAUAUUGCUCAGAUUUCUAAAGCACAAGGAUCAAACAGCUCUGAUCAAAGUGAGAUUUGCAAACUGCAAAAUAUAAUUAAGGAACUUAAACAGAACCGAAGUCAGGAAAUUGAUGAUCAUCAACAUGAAAUGUCAGUAUUACAGAAUGCACAUCAACAGAAAUUGGCAGAAAUAACUCGUCGGCAUCGAGAAGAAUUAAGUGAAUAUGAAGAACGAAUUGAAGAACUGGAAAAUCUGUUACAACAAGGUGGCUCAGGAAUUGCAGUAACUGAUUACCCUAAAAUCCAUGAGAUGCAAAGAACUAUUCAAGUUCUACAAACUGAAAAAGUAGAGUCUACAAAAAAAAUGGAAGAACUUGAAGACCAAAUAAAAGAUAUAAGUAGAAAAUUAUCGUCUUCAGAAAAGGACAGAGAAGUUUUGAGGAAGGAACAAGAACGACUAAAUGUGGAAAACAGGCAAAUAAGUAAAGAAUAUGAAAGCUUGAAACUGGAAUGUAGUAAAUUGCAGCCUUAUGCUAUGAAGCAAAGUGACACUGUGAAGGAAGAGGAAAGCAUUCUUCCACAGAGCACAUCACUGGAAGAAGAGGUGUUCAGACUACAGCAGGCACUGUCUGAUGCUGAAAGUGAAAUAACAAGACUGAGUCAUUUAAACCAGCAUAAUCUCACUGAAGACAAUCUGGAACUUAAAAUGCGUGUCCAAGUUUUAGAAAAAGAGAAUUCAUUAUUGACUCAAGAAAAGGAAGAACUUCACAUAUCACUUUUAAAAUUAAACAAUGAAUAUGAAGAAAUUAAAAGUACAACUGUGAGAGACAUGGAUUUGGAUUCAAAAUUACAUGACUUAAGACUUAAUUUGGAGGCAAAGGAACAAGAGCUCAAUCAGAGUAUUACUGAAAAGGAAGUACUGAUAGCUGAGUUAGAAGAACUGGAUAAGCAGAACCAAGAAGCUACAAAGCACAUGAUUUUGAUAAAAGAUCAGCUAUCAAAACAGCAAAAUGAGGGAGAUAGCAUCAUCAAUAAACUUAAAAUAGAUCUAAAUGAUGAAAAAAAGAGAGUUCAUCAACUUGAAGAUGAUAAAAUGAACAUUACUAAAGAGUUAGAUGUGCAGAAAGAAAAGUUAAUUCAAAGUGAACUGGUCCUAAAUGACUUGCAUUUAACCAAGCAGGAGCUAGAGGAUAAAAUAGAAGAUUUAGUAGAUCAACUGAAUAAAUCACAAAACAGUAAUUUAAAUAUCCAGAAGGAGAACUUUGAGCUUAAGGAACAUAUUAAACAAAAGGAGGAGGAACUUUCUAGAGUCAGAUGUGAAUUAACUCAGCCUCUUAAUCAAGACUCUAACAGUAAUCUUAAGGAUGACUUACUUAAAGAAAGAGAAGCUGACAUCAGAAACUUAAAGCAAAAUCUUUCAGAAGUAGAACAGCUCAAUGAAAAUUUAAAGAAAGCUUCAUUUGAUCUCAAAAUGGAAAAUGAAAAGUUGGUCUUAGCAUGUGAAGAUUUAAGACAUCAGUUGGAAGAAUCUAUUGCUGGUAACAAUCAGAUUUCUUUGGAAAAAAACACAAUUUUGGAGACUCUGAAAACGGAAAAAGGACAGUUAGAAGCAGAAUUGUGUCGGGCUGAAAAGAGGCUGUUGGAAGAAGCAAACAAGUAUGAGCAGACCAUUGAAGAACUGUCAAAUGCACAGAACUUGAGUGCCUCUACUUUACAGCUGGAACAUGAGCGCUUAAUUAAGCUCAGUCAAGAGAAAGACUUGGAAAUAGCAGAACUCAAAAAGAAUAUUGAGCAGAUAGAUAUUGAUCAUACAGAGACUAAGAACAUUUUGUCAUCUAGUUUAGAAGAGAGGAAGCAAUUAACACAACUUAUAAAUGAGAAAGAAGUUUUUAUUGAAAGACUUAAAGAGAGAAGUUCAGAGCUCCAGGAGGAGUUAGAUAAAUAUACUGAAGCCUUAAGAAAAAAUGAAAUUUUGAAGCAAACCAUAGAGGAGAAAGACAGACAUCUUGGAUCCAUGAAAGAAGAAAACAAUCACCUAAAAGAAGAACUGGAACGACUCAGGGAACAGCAGAGUCGAGCUGCACCUGUGGCUGAGCCUAAAACCCUUGACUGUAUUACAGAACUAGAAUCUGAGAUAUCUCAACUGAAUAUAAUAAAGGAUAAUCUUGAAGAGGAAAUAAAACAGCACCGAAAGAUAAUUGAAGAUCAAAACCAGAGUAAAAUGCAACUACUUCAGUCUUUACAAGAGCAUAAGAAGGAAAUGGAUGAGUUUAAAUACCAGCAUGAGCAAAUGAAUGUCACGCACACCCAACUCGUAUUAGAGAAAGAUGAGGAAAUUAAGACUUUGCAAAAAACAAUUGAAGAAAUCAAAACCCAGUUGCAUGAAGAAAGGCAGGGUAUUCAAACAGAGAAUUCUAAUAUUUUUCAAGAAACAAAAGUUCAGAGCCUUAACAUAGAAAACGGAAGUGAAAAGCAUGACUUAUCUAAAGCUGAAACUGACAGAUUAGUAAAAGGAAUAAAGGAACGAGAAUUAGAGAUUAAACUUCUAAAUGAAAAGAAUAUAUCUUUAACUAAACAGAUUGAUCAGCUGUCCAAGGAUGAGGUUGGAAAGCUAACUCGAAUUAUCCAGCAGAAAGAUUUGGAGAUUCAGGCUCUCCACGCUAGAAUUUCUUCAGUUUCCUACAAUCAGGAUAUUGUUUACCUUCAACAGCAGCUGCAGGCCUUUGCUAUGGAAAGAGAACAAGUAUUAGCUGUUUUGAAUGAGAAGACUAGGGAAAAUAGCCAACUUAAAACAGAAUAUCACAAAAUGAUGGAUAUAGUUGCUGCCAAAGAAGCAGCCCUCCUUAAGCUGCAAGAUGAAAAUAAGAAAAUGUCUACUAAAUUUGAAGGUGCUGGCCAAGAAAUGUUUCGAGAAACUGUUCAGAAUUUAUCUCGUAUCAUUCGAGAAAAAGACAUUGAAAUAGAUGCAUUAAGUCAGAAAUGUCAGACCUUAUUGACAGUUUUACAAACAUCCAGCACCAGUGAUGAGGUUGGAGGUGUUAAUAGUAAUCAGUUUGAGGAGCUUCUACAGGAGCGUGAUAAAUUAAAACAACAAGUAAAGAAAAUGGAGGAGUGGAAACAGCAGGUGAUGACCACAGUACAGAAUAUGCAACACGAAUCAGCCCAGCUUCAGGAAGAACUUCAUCAGCUUCAGGCACAAGUGUUGGUUGACAGUGAUAAUAAUUCUAAGUUACAAGUGGACUAUACUGGCCUGAUCCAAAGCUAUGAGCAGAAUGAAACCAAACUCAAAAUUUUUGGGCACGAAUUAGCACAAGUUCAGCAUAGCAUAGGGCAGCUUUGCAACACCAAAGAUCUUCUUUUAGGAAAACUUGAUAUUAUCUCACCUCAGUUCUCUUCUGGAUCAUCGCUUGCCUCCCAGUCUGCAGAGUCUCUUACAACAGCUAAGUCUGAAACAUUAAGUGAAGCUUCUCAGCAGGAGAUAGAAGAGCUAAGAAAGUUGCUGCAGGAAAAAGAUGCAGCAAUUAGAACUCUCCAGGAAAAUAAUCACAGACUGUCUAAUUCAAUUGCUGCCACCUCAGAGCUAGAAAAAAAAGAACACGAACAAACGGAUUCAGAAAUUAAACAGCUGAAGGAGAAACAAGAUGUUUUGCAAAAGUCACUUAAAGAGAAAGACCUCUUAAUUAAAGCCAAAAGUGAUCAAUUACUUUCUGUAAAUGAAAAUUUCACCAACAAGGUGAAUGAAAAUGAACUUUUAAGGCAGGCAGUAACAAACCUGAAGGAGAGGACAUUAAGUUUAGAAAUGGACAUUUGUAAAUUAAAAGAGGAAAAUGAAAAUAUAGUAGAAAAAACCAGGGAAAAGGAAACAGAAUAUCAAGCAUUACAAGAGACUAAUAUGAAGUUUUCUAUGAUGUUGCAAGAAAAAGAGUUUGAGUGCCACUCAAUGAAGGAGAAAGCUCUUGCUUUUGAGCAACUACUGAAAGAAAAAGAGGGCGAGACAGGGGAGUUAAAUCAGCUUUUAAAUACGGUUAAGUCAAUGCAGGAGAAGACGGUUACAUUUCAACAGGAGAGAGAUCAAGUCAUGUUGGCCCUGAAACAGAAACAAAUGGAAAACACUGCUGUGCAGAAUGAGGUUCAACAUUUACGUGACAAAGAAUUACGCUUAAACCAGGAACUAGAGAGAUUGCGUAACCAUCUUUUAGAAACAGAAGAUUCUCACACCCGUGAAGCUUUGGCUGCAGAAGACAGAGAGGCUAAUCUAAGAAAGAAAGUCACAGCGUUGGAGGAAAAGCUGGUUUCAUCCUCUAAUGCAAUGGAAAAUGCAAGCCAUCAAGCCAAUUUGCAGGUAGAGUCAUUGCAGGAACAAUUGAAUGUAGUCUCCAAGCAAAGGGAUGAGACUGCCCUGCAGCUUUCUAUGUCUCGGGAACAAGUAAAGCAGUAUGCUCUAUCACUCUCCAACCUGCAGAUGGUACUAGAGCAUUUCCAGCAAGAGGAAAAAGCUAUGUAUUCUGCUGAACUAGAAAAGCACAAACAGCUUGGAGCUGAAUGGAAGAAAAAGGCAGAAAAUCUGGAAGGAAAACUGAUGUCAGUACAGGAGCGUUUGGAUGAAGCAAAUGCUGCAUUGGAUUCAGCAUCAAGACUCACAGAGCAAUUAGAUUUAAAGGAAGAACAAAUUGAACAACUUAAAAAACAAAAUGAGCUCCGACAAGAAAUGCUGGAUGAUGUACAAAAGAAAUUGAUGAACUUAGUAAACAGCACGGAAGGAAAAGUAGACAAAAUCCUAAUGAGAAACCUCUUCAUUGGACAUUUCCACACACCAAAGAACCAGCGUCAUGAAGUGUUACGAUUAAUGGGAAGCAUUCUGGGUGUCAAAAGGGAGGAUAUGGAGCAGUUGUUGAAUGAAGAUCAGGGCGGAGUUACCAGAUGGAUGACUGGGUGGCUUGGAGGAGGAUCAAAAAGUGUCCCCAACACACCUCUGAGACCAAAUCAGCAAUCUGUGUUUAAUAGUUCUUUUUCAGAACUUUUUGUUAAAUUUCUGGAAACAGAAUCUCAUCCAUCUAUUCCACCACCAAAGCUUUCUGUUCAUGAUAUGAAACCGCUAGACUCACCAAGAAGGAGAAAACUAGAUAUAAAUGUACCGGAAAGUUUUAAAGAUACGACAGAACCCAGGUCUGGGAGAAGAACAGAUGUGAGUCCGUUCUUGGCUCCCCGCUCUGCGGCUGUGCCUCUCAUGAACCCGGCUGGACUUGGACCUGGUGGGCCUGGGCACCUCCUUUUGAAACCCAUUUCAGAUGUGCUGCCCACAUUUACGCCUUUGCCAGUGUCGCCGGACAACAGUGCCGGGGUUGUGUUGAAGGACCUUUUGAAUCAAUAGAUGACUCUCAAGCCAGAGACGACAUGCACAGCACUUUAGAGAAACACUAAACGUAUGUACUUUAUCACGAAGUGGCCUUUUGGAAAAAGUCAUGUAUUUGUUUGCAGUUGUACUUUCUUUAAAUUUAAUAAAACAUAUUCUUACUGUUUUUAGAAAUUGUAGGUGUCACAGGAGGAAGUGUUUGUUAUAUAUUUUUUCCCUUCUCUGAUUUAACCUAAUUCAGGCUAGAAACAUUUGAUUUUUUUAAUCUUAACUUACGGAAGUAAGUAAAAUAAAAGUAGCUAUAUGUCAGCUUUUAAUUUCCUUCUCUGAUUUUCAAGUUAAUUUAGGCUAGUCGAGAUAUGUGGUUGUCUUUUAAAGAUAAUCAUGAGAUUUACCCCAAAAAAAAGAAAAAGAAAAGGAAGAAGAAAUAAUAGCUGUGGCUUCUUUGCAUCGUGCAGAAAAUUGAUCUCAAGUGUCUAUUAAUCAUCUGGAUAGAGGACUUGGUGUAGACAGGACAAGAGCAAGGGUGCCCCUGGGAGGACAUAGGUGUCCUGAGGUGGAAUGUGUGUGCAUUUUGUUCUAUGCAACUUUAUCACAUGUGUAAAUCCAUGUGACCACCCCUACAGAAAAGAUACAUCAAGAAACCCUCGUGCUACCCUUUUACAGUCAGAGCCACCUCCUUCUUUAGCCCCUCCCUUAACCUCUGGCAACCACUCACUGUUCUCCCAUUUCUGUAGAGUGCUAUAUAAAUGGAAUCCUAUAGGAUGUAACCUUUUUUGAGAUUGACUUUUUUCGCUCAGUACAAUGCCCUUCGAAAUCCAUCCAAAUUAUUGCGUGUAUCAGCCUUUCUCUUUUUGUUGUCAAGUGCAUACUAUGGGUAUAUGAUUUGGUUUUAAGAGCUAAGGUAUCUUUUUAAAGUUAUCAUCUUAAAACUACUUGUUUUUUCGCACCUAUACACACAACUGUCAUGUAAGUGUUAAAUCGUACAGAUGCAUUUACGGAACUAUAAUUAGCAAUAUCACUAAACACGGCCCCUCCUUCCUCUGUCUGAGAUGUCCUGUGAGAGGUAUGUCAGUCCAGGAAUUGUCCACUCGCAUCUUCAUGAUCACCAAGGGCAGUGGAAUUACUUCAGCAACACCAGCACCAGGUGUUGGGAACUUAAGAAUAAGGGAGUAUUUCUUUAAUUUUUUAUAAACCUGUCAUAAAUCCUGGCUUGGAACUUAAUCAGGAUGUUCAUGUUUGUAUUAGUUGUUGAAGUUGUAUAUUUAAAGACAUUUCUUGCAAAUUUUGUAAAUUUCAGUAUGCCUUUAAAAUAGAAACAUCUGUAUAACAAGGAAAGGUGGAAAUGAUAUUAAUCCAAAUAUGUAAAUAGUUCUGGCUCUGGCCAGGGCUAAAUUUGAUCACUUGUAAAUUUUGCUGUGAUUAACUGUAUACUUCCUACUGUAUUUAGAAGAUUGGAAGUCUUUAUGUGUUGAUGGGUGAAACUGGUUCUUCUGAGGAAUUCAGUAACUGAGACAUUGCUGCUUCACAACGUCCCCUCUCCUUAGCUAACUUAUUUAUGUUGCCAUUCUUUAUUUAGUGUGCUUAAAGGCGUGGUCAUCCAGUUCUAUAUUAGAACUGCCAAACUGCCUCCUGUCUGUUUUGCCCAUUAUUUCUCUUAUAAAAUUAUUACCCUUGGGAUCCUUUCAAAGAUACUUUCACUGACCGGCCUGAAUUAUUUGCUGCUUGCCAUUGAAGUUUCAUUUCAGUGUGGAGCAUCUGAAAUAAAAAUUUCUAAGUUAAAAAAAAGAAAAGACACAUGAUCCUUCAUUUUGAAGAAAUAGAAAAUGCAAAGAGUUUUUCUCCUAUAAUUUGAAAAUUAAAAUUUAAGUAGUGGGUAUUUAAGUAGCAUGUCAUCAUAUUUUAAAUGCCUUUUAUGACAUCUUAAGUAUUUCCUUCCCGAUUCAAAACAGCCUAUCUCCCUUCACCCCAUAGUUUAACAUAAGUUUGAAAGCUGUUAUGGGCAUACAGCAUGACCUUACAUGGCUGCUAUUUAAUUAUGUGACCUUGAACUGAAGCUGUAGUACCUAAUGUUUCAGUUGUAUCAUCAUUGAAACUAUAGCUGACUGGUAUGCAUACUAAGUGUUUGUUGAUCUAAACCAGACAUAACUCAUCUACUUUCCUGAAACUAAGUUGUGUCAGAGAUGAACCAUCUGCUCAAGGAAUCUUCUUAGUAACCAGCCAUACAAUGAUGAAGCAUAUAAUUCUAAUGUCAGCAAUAGGACAUUUCUAACAAUAAUUUACUGCAGUAGUUUAACUACAGUAAUUUUACUGUUUACUUCUCUGCAAACUUACUAGGAUUUGUGGUUGAAUUUUGCUUUAGCUGCCACAGUUUUUCACAACAUUCCUAAUGGUUUUCAACUGCUAAUACUAUAAUAGAAAAUCCAGCCAGACAUUGAAUUUGAUUUAGUACAAUUCUGUAUCAUAUGGCUGUUUGAAUUUUAGUUUCCUGCCAUUAUUUAUUUAAAAGAAAAAAAAAAUAGAGGAAAGAAUUGAAUUCCUUAAAAUCAGCCACUUAAAAUAUUAAAUAUCCCCCCAAAUAAAGCCUCCAGUUUAUUUUAACCAUUCAAUGGUUAAUCAAAAGGGAGAAAAACACUCUCAAAAUAACUUAUUUAAACAUUAGGUGGAAAAUAUAAAAGUGUCUUCAGGGACAGGGGAGGGAUGAGAAUACUUAGAGAGAGCUAUUAUGUAUCAAACUUAGAGCAUUUGAAUUUGAUUUAUAAAGCUAAUGAAGUUUUUCAUAUAUCAAAGUAUUUAAAGCGUCUUCCAUCAAAAAAUUUAAUUUUGUAAAUAUCAAGUGAGUUAUACUUGAUAUUUAUUUUAUAUAUUCCUAUGGAAAAAGUAAAGACACUUUUAAUGUUCUGACAUUUGUGAUUAUUUGCCAGUAUUUACUUUUUAACUUAUUAAGGUUUCUGUACUUAAAAUUGAUAAAUUGUCUUGAUUUUUAGGGAAAUAACUAAAUGGGGGAAAUUUACAACCCAACUAUAGUAUUGGGUUGUGUUUUAUAGAACUAAAGUCAAUGCAUUUCUGAAUUUCUCAGGAGCACUGCAAGGCAAAAAAUACUCCAAAUAAAAAUGAUAUAUGUGAGUUGGCGAUGUCUUCAUCCACAAUAAAAAAAAAAAGAUUUUUUAGCAAACAGCUGCUGACUUUUUCUUUAGAAGGGGGAGAAAUGACUUACACAUGUUGU